AUGGAAGCCCCCACUAUCAAGCAAGAAAGAAGCGGCUCUUCCCACGGCGGAGUCCCCAUUGACUCUAUUUAUUAUUAUGGUAAAUCAGUGUAUCAAGAUGUCAAUCUGAGAUCUUAUUUCGGUUCAAUACGUCCACCUACGAGACUGACCUUUGGCUUUCGUCUCGGUACGUGUAUUAUAAUAAAUUUUCCCAAAAGAACAUUCAUUCAUUUCUUUCUUCCCCGUCGACCACGACGACUGAAACGACACGAAAAAUCCAGACCCGGAAAGGAGAAGGGCCGGUGGUGGGCAUUUGGGAAAGUCGGGCCGAUCGGGUGUCUUCAUUCAAGCGACGAUACAGAAGAAGAACGAAACGAAGUGAGAGGCCGGGGGGCAGGGAAAAGAGUCGAGUCGAUCAGGCUCGACGACCGGGAGAAGCAAAACGAAAUUAGGAUUUGGCCGAAAAAGAAGCAACGCUAUGGAUACCAUGACCGAUCACCAUCGAUAAAGAAGAAUCUUUCUAAAUCACUUCGGGUCAGCAGGGCCUUCAAGCAUCCGAAAUACGCCGGGGUUGUAAAUGACAUAGCGUUCCUGAUAGAAAAUGACGACUCCUUCAGAAAAACUAAGUUAUUCAAGUUCUUUUUGCCAAAGAAGUCCCGCUCCGACGGCCCGACGAGGCAUCUACUUAAAAGGACCCUCCCUGCAGUGCGCCCCUCCUUCAAUUAUUUGGUCAUGCAAUACUUAUUGAAUACAAAGAACCAAAUGAAUUUCGACCCCGUCGUAGUUCUCAAUCAUUUCGUGGCACCGGGCGUGGCUGAACCAUCUACGAUGGGGGGAGCGAAUGCACAGGGAAGAAGCUUAGAUAAGAGAAUACGUUCUCGCAUCGCUUUUUUUGUAGAAAGCUCGACCAGCGAGAAAAAGUGUUUGGCCGAAGCCAAAAAGAGGUUGACCCGCUUCAUCCGCCAAGCGAAUGAUCUUCGCUUCUCGGGAACAACAAAAACCACCAUCUCGCUCUUUCCUUUUUUCGGUGCUACCUUUUUCUUUCCAAGGGAUGGGAUUGGGAUGUAUAAUAACCUUUUUUUUGAGGAUGCCCGGGAACAACUCCUAGGUCAAUUAAGGAUCAAAUGUUGGAACCUCAUGGGUAAGGAUAAGGUAAUGGAAUUGAUAGAGAAAUUCAUAGACCUAGGUAGGAUAGGAGAAUUGAUAAGGGGAAUAGAGAUGAUGAUAGAGAUCAUACUGAGAAACAGAAGAAUUCCGUACGGGUACAACUCUUAUUUGAACGAAGUGAAAAAAAUGCGAUCUUUGUUGUCUAAUAGAACAAACACUAAUACCUUAAUUGAGUCGGUCAAGAUCAAAUCUGUUUAUCAAAGUGCUUCUCCGAUUGCUCAAGACAUCUCUUUUCAACUGAGAAACAAAACAAGAUCAUUUCGUUCCAUUUUUAGUAAAAUAGUGAAGGAUAUUCCAUUAGUAAUGAAAAAAGGGGUUGAGGGGAUCCGUAUAUGUUGUUCAGGUCGAUCAAAAGGCGCAGAAAUUGCUAGAACUGAAUGCGGAAAGUAUGGAAAAAUAUCUCUUGCCUCUGCGGUUAUCCUACGUAUGAAAAGGGAUCCCGUUUUGAUUGCUCUUUUUCGUUCCCGCCCUCUCACAAUGCGGCCCUUUUUCUUUGCAAUAGCGUUUUUAUUAAUAAUCUGUGUAAACAUCCAAAUAGCCGCCUGCGACGGGGGAAUUCCUUCUCCCGUGCCAAAUUUACAUCCGGAGGUUCCCCCCGACACCGGUGUUCCCCAAGGGGCACCGGUGCAGAUUCCUGUCCCACCUGAAAUUCCCCAACUAGAAGAGCCUUUAAUGUCCGUGGAGGAUAGGUGGAAGGAACUUCAGCUACGGUUAAGUUUGUAUUUCCUCGGGAGAAACAGUUGGUCGGACGUCGGGCCAUUCGUGAGAAUCCUGGAGAGGCAGGUGCCUAUAGAAACAAAGAUAGAAGCUGCAUUGGUGGACGAUGGAUAUAAUCGGGAGGAUAUCCAUCAAAAGAGGUUCGAAAUAAGGGGAAUCCUCUUUAACCGUGGGGUGAACGCGCUUUCUGAACGUACCUUAGAUGAGUAUUUGGACCAAAUCGAAAGAAAUGGCACUCGGCAGAGCACUCCCUAUAGAAACGUAAGUAGGGCUAUCCAGAAUUUGGAUCUAAUUCUGUGA